AUGGUCAACUUCACGAUCCUCGCCGGCGGCUACUCGUCCUUCGUCGCCUCGUACCUCUUCAACGCCGACGCCGGCGUCCUGCAGUACACCGGCCAGACCCAGACCAACGCGAACCCGUCCUGGCUGGCGCGGCACCUCACGAACCCGAAUAUCCUGUACGCGGUGAACGAGGACACGGACGGCAGCGGGACCGGCGGCGUGCAGUCGUUCACCAUCGGGAAGGGCGGCGCGCUCACUGCCGUCGGAUUCGUGUCGACGCAGGGAGACGCGCCGGCGUUUAUGACCCCGCUCGCGUCCGGCGGUAUUGCCGCGAUGAACUACGGCUCGGGCAACGGUAUCUUCGCUGCUACAUCCGACGACGGUCUCCAGUUCGGCGCCGUCCAGAACUUGAAGUUCCCCACGACGAGCGAGCCGGCGAACGUCUCGCACCCGCACAUGGCGUUCGAGUACAAGGACGAGGUGUUUGUGCCCGAUCUGGGCCAAGACAAGGUCUGGCGCCUCGGGAAGGACGCCUCUGGGCAGUUCUCAAUCCACGGCGAGAUCGCUCAACCCACCGGUAGCGGACCGCGCCACAUGAGGAUUCUCAACGACAACCUCUACAUCGCGCACGAGCUCUCCUCCACCUUCACCGCCCAGCCCCUCCCCGCCGGCCCGAACGGCACCUCCGAGAUCAUCGCCGACAUCCCCACCCAACCCUCCGCCGACGCCUCGCUCUCAGACCCGCACUGGGCCGCCGGCGAGAUCCUCGUCCCGGAGCCCAACGACGAGUUCCCGACCGCCUACGCCUACGUCUCGAACCGCAACACGGGCAGCACGACGGACCCGCGCGGCGACACCGUCGCGAUCUUCGCGCUCGAGCCCGAGGUCAAGCUCGUCGCGCAGGUGUUCUCGGGCGUGCAGCAGAUUAGGGGCAUCGAGUUUGGAGGGGAGAAGAACGAGUAUGUCGUGCUUUCGGGUGUGGUGGGCGAGGGCGGUGUUGCGGUUUUCGAGAGGACGAACGGAGGGGCGAAUUUGACGGAGGUUGCGCGCGAUACUACUGUUCCGACGCGGACGGGCUUCGUUUGGGGGAGCUGGUAA